AAUAAAAUAAAGAAGAUCUCUGCAAAUGUUCAAAUUUACCGCUAUAACAAGUUUAUACGAACGGCUUCCUCAUUCGGAUGCAGUCGAUUCUUGACCGACAUCAAUUUUUUGUCCUUGUACUUUUUACCAAGAACCAACUGCAAACGAUGGCGAAAAAACAAUCUUUAAGAAGUAGAAACGCAAGGCGUGCUGUUGAACCGGAGCUGCAACAGGACGUCCCUGCAAAGGAAUCAAACGAUUCUACUGAUGUUCGCGUUGCGAAAGAGUUGGCAAGUGUUGCUGCUCGAUACAAUACUACGAACACUCAGAGUAAGGCGAUUAAAAAACAAUCUUCAAAGAAGAAGAAUAAGACCAAGCUGAAGCAAGCUAUGCAAGCUGAGGCUAGAGAAGAAAGACUUGAAACAAAAAUUCAGAAGGCUUUGAAACACCGUGAAAAGAUUAAAGCUCGUAAGGUUGCGGAGUAAUUGAUGUUGCAAUCUAUUGAGCAACUGUUUUUGGCUAUGCUUGCACAGUGAUAGAAUUUUUUGUUUUUCAAUUCUGCUCUUCAAAAUUGCCCGUUCAUGUGCCUGUACCUUUUUAGUUUUGAAUAUUUUGGGGGAAUUAUAUUACUUUCAGUUUUUUGUUUGGCAUUAAUUUUGAUUUUGGUGAUUUGUUGAAAUGUGAUUACAGCCAGUGG